AUGGAUGAUACUCUAUGUUCAAACAUUGAUUUUUUGAGGAUGUGUUUACCCGAUGAAUUAGGGACCCCCGCAACAACUGAACUUAAUACUAUUCAAAAUUACAAAAAGUACUGUCCUAAUGGAGAUUGUAAUGCUGAACUCGAUCAAAUUACGAUUGGAUUUUUAUGGUUACUUGAACAAUAUUUUACUAAAUACCCAAAGAUAGGUGAUAAUACAUAUAAUACUCAACCAUUUUUUCUAUAUAUUAUUUUAUGGUUAAGUUACAAAUUAAAUCAAAAUAAAAAACACAGCUUCACAAAAAUAAACGAUUUUUAUACUAAUCAAGUAAUUGGAAGUGGUAAAUAUAAACAAUUUAUAAGUGAUGCCUAUACAUAUACAGAUCUUGAGGAAAUCUUAAAAAAAAAAAAUGAUUUGUUGAAUAUUAAUAUUAAAGAUCUAUCUACAUUUUAUGAAGCAUCCAAAUUAAUAUGUAGUAUGUAUACUAAUAAAGCAACGAAUACAGAUGACAAAAAACUGUUAAAUGAUGCUACUAAUUUUGUUAUAAAAUAUAAAGAGCUCAAAGAUGGCAAUAAUACUGAAGGUACCUCAAAUAAUCAAAUAUUGUCUGCUUUAUCAGAUGAUUAUAGUAAUAUAAAAGAGAAAUGUAAAGAUAUCCAAACUAUUCCAGAGAUAACAGCAGAAAUUUCUGCACUAAUAACUGGAGAUACAUCAUCAAGUUCGUCGAUAGGAAAAAGAUUAUUUGCAGUUUUAUCGAUAUUUGGUGCAAUAGCAUUUUUUUUAGGAAUUUCUUAUAAGUAUUCGUUAUUUGGAUUUCGGAAACGAGCUCAAAAACAAUAUUUAAGAGAAAAAAUAAAAAAUAUAAAGAAGAGAAUGAAUCGUUAA